GGAGAGAAACGCAGCGCAGUGAAUUGGGGAGCAAGGCUGUUUUGCCUACUCAGCUGAAAAGUGUCAACUUAAAGCACGGAUAAAAAAAGCUUUGAUCGUCGCUCGCAAAGACAGGCUACGGAGUUUAUAGGUGAACGUGGGAAACAUGGCAUCAGUAUCAGUAAAAAAGAAAAACUUUUUCAAAUCGGUUCUACCAGCGCAAGAGGUUUUUCUUGGGACUAUAGAAGACACAAGUUUGGCGUUGCCGUUGGAGGGAAAGAUACGCUCGUCGCAAAACCACACGACCGAGAGAGGUUCCAGAGUGCAACAGCAAGUGCAACUUACCCUAGCGCGGAAGGGGAAAAGGACAUCAUCAUCUAAUGGCAGUCUCUACCCUUCCAGAAAUCAGCAGUUCACAGACUGCUUUUCAGCACCGGGCUCCGCAAGUGGGCUCCUGUACAGUAAGAAGUGCUCCUCCAGCAGUCAUGUGACCGGCGGCUCCUGGGGGCGGGAGCGCAGCUCCGGUCGGUUCGUGUGGAGGGACGGAACGGGCACCAGGAGGACGGCCGCGAGGGCGGAAGGGCCCGCCCAGCCCAAUCCCCUGGCCCCGCGGCCCUGCCUGGGGGGCAGCCUGCGCUACGGGACGUCCUACAGAGGGGCCCACACCUUACCCAUCCGCAGCCCGUCCACCGCCCGCAGCCCCCAGCUGGUCCAGUGCCGGGCGCAGGCGGCGUCCCAGAGCUACGCCCGCUGCCAGGUGGUGCGCAGCAUGAGGGUGGGGGAGGCCCCGAAAUCGCCUCGCGCACCCCUCGCCACGGACGACGCGGUCUUCGUCCCGAACAACGUGGUGGCGGUGAACGCCCAGCCCCAGCAGGCCGCGCUCCAGUCGGCCCGGGGCGGGCAGCGCCCGGAGGGCCUCUCCCUGCUCCGGCACGUCCGCCGGGAGACCGUCGUGGAGCAGAGCGCCCGGCGCAUCUCCCACCCGCCCGCCAGGCCGCCCUCGGGCUCACCGUCUCUGGGCAGCAUGGAGCUGGACCUGGGCAGGAGAGCGGCUGUGGAGGCCCAGCAGCAGCACACGGCUGUCCAGGGAAACAUCGUCCAGGGGAAGGCGGAGGGACACGUGACGGAGCUGACCUUGGAGAAGGCCGUCGCUCUGCUGACCCAGGAGAACACGGAGACGCAGAUCACUGCCGCCCAGUUCGUUCAGCACCAGAGUUUCAGCAGCGCGGACGCCAGGAAGAUGGUGUUCUACCUGCACGGCGUUCCCAAGCUCAUCGGCCUGCUGAAGGUGGACGAGGAGCAGCUGCAGGCUGCCGCGGCGGGCGCCCUGCGAAACGUCGUCUUCGAGAGCAACGACAACAAGAUGGAGGUCAAGGACAAUGAGGGGAUCCCGGUCGCACUGCAGCUCCUGAAGACGUCCCGCAGUAUCGAGAUCCGGAAGCAGCUCACUGGGCUCCUGUGGAACCUGUCCUCUAACGACAUCCUGAAGGAGUACCUCUCCAAAGAGGCCCCAGAGACCCUGACUAAAUCUGUUCUGAUUCCCUGCUCCGCUAUCUACGAGGGCGAGAACCCCAAGGAUGACCUCCUGGCCCACCCGGACAUCUUUUACAACACCACGGGCUGCCUACGGAACAUGAGCUCAGCCGGACCGGAGGGGCGGAAGGUGAUGCGUGAGUGUGAGACCCUCAUCGACUCACUGGUGCACUAUAUCCGUGGAACCAUCGCGGACUAUAUACCCGACGACAAGUCCACAGAGAAUUGUGUCUGCAUUCUGCACAACCUCACCUACCAGAUGGAGGCCGAGCUUCCGGAGAAGUACACCAUUAAGAUCACCGACCCGCAGGAGAGCCCGAUCGCCCGGCCCAAAACGCCGGGCUGCUUCGGAAUGCGCAGCAGUAAGGUUCUGGAGCGUUUGGAGAAAGAAGGCCCCCUAUUGGAGGAGAAGAGUAACCCCAGGGGCGUGGAGUGGCUAUGGUGCCCAAUCACAGUGCGGAUGUACCUGUCACUCAUGGCUCGCAGUUCCCGUCGCUACAGCAAGGAGGCAGCACUGGGCGCCCUGCAGAACGUUACCGCGGGAAACGGGAAGGUGUCCCAUGCAAUGGCCUGCACCAUAGUGAAGAAGGAGGGCGGGCUCCAGCAGGUGAAGAAGAUCCUACAGGAAGACGAGUUGGUAGUGAAGAGGACAGCCGUGUCUCUGCUCCGGAACAUCUCCCAUUACGAGGAGCUGCACUCCGACAUAGUGCACCAGGUAUUACCGGAGCUGGUGGCCAUGCUACCAGAGCUUGACAGCAGUGAGGAGACACCAGUGGAGGUGACAGUGUCUCUGUGCAACAUCCUCCUCAACCUCAGCCAGAACCAGCCCCAACACGCCCGCGCCAUCCUCAACACCGGCGGCCUCAAAAAGAUCAUCGCCAUCAGCGCCAAGGACUUCGGGAACAUGCCCUCCAGAGAGAGUCAGGCUGCCAGUCUCCUGCUGUAUGCCCUGUGGAGACACACAGACCUGCACGGGGCCUACAAAAAGGCGGGAUACAAGAAACCAGCUUUUGUCAACAGCAGGACGACCAAAGCGAUACAUUUACUCCAAUCAUAGGAGGAGUUAGCAGAACUGACACAUAUUGGGAUCUCUCUAAAUUUUGUAUCGUAUUCUACUCUCUGUCUGUCAAAAACCUUUGGGCUGUCGCAAGCAGGAAACUCCCAGCUAUUUCAUUUCUAUUUACCCAUUUCUGUGUAUGUAAUAUUAUUGGAUUUUUAUGAGCAUUUCCCUUUUUUGAGGGAAAAAAAUGUGACUGUCCAAAAAAAAAAAGGUCUGCUACAUGCCUGAGAUAAUGUACAAUGAAUGCAGCACAGCUUUGUGGGAAUAUCGCUGUCAAUCAUCAUAUUAAUUAGCACACAUUUGCCAAAAAUGGCAUCCUAUAUUCCCCAAUUUAGUGGGAAUUUACCAUUACAAUGUCUUAUAUUCAUCCAAGUAAAUCUUAAAUUUAUUCUGAAAUAUUGAAAUACAGUGGCUCCCCCACACCACCAAGUGGCGGAAGAGGACAACACCAUGAAGAGGGAAACGAGUUUUAAUACUCUCCCACGCUGUUAGGUUAUUAAAGGCGAGCUGUAUUCAUUUUGAAAGUCAUUGUGAUGUACAGUAUACAUUAAAUCGAGGGAAGCUCCUUCUCCUUUGAAUAGAUUAACUGAAUCCCCUGACACUGACACUGCUGCUGUUCACAGAACGAAAGAUCUCCCUCCUAAAAGCAUGAUAACCAAUCACAAGUCAAAAUCAGACUCCACCUUAGUGAGCAGGCUGGUUCCUCCAGAACUCCACACGAUUGGCUGAUUAGAUAAUUGCAUGAAGCUGGUGUACUGGUGUUCCUAAUAAAGAGCACGGUGGGUGUAUGUGCAUGUACCAGUAAGAUAUUCCCAGAAGGCCACUUUCCCGGCCUGGAUCGGUGUUAUUGACAAUACUUUUGUUAUUGACAGACUGCCGGAUGUGGCCGAUUGUAAUCGGUGCACCGAACUAAGACAGGUGCCAGUAAAGAUGACAGGAUGUGAGUAGAAAAUAGAGGAAAUGCCUUUGCCGUUCAGGACUGGAUUAAUGACUCUGCUAGCAUCUGACUGACAGAGAACCCGACGGGUUCAUUGCACACUGGGCAGCUUCCAUUAAGAGGUUAAUGUCCCAGUGUUUGAAAUACAUUUUCCGUCGUAAUUAAAUGUUGGUACACUCCAGCAACGAUACUAAUAUGUAACUAAGGGGGCUAUUUUCACCAAAAUGUUUCACAAAUUUAUAAAUGCAUUUUAUUUUUCUUUAAUCGUCACACACACAUGACCUGGCUUGUCUGUUCAGUGUGCGUGAGAGCGCUUAAGGGCAGCGUACAGCAGGCUCGUUUCGUUUGAACUGAGUCCAUGUGUUCAAACUGAAAAAAGGAGGGAAAGUUUGCCAAAAGAUUGGUGUGAACAGAAAAGAUAAGUGUUUCAAUCAUGUUUUUGUUACUGCCAUUUGAGUAAUCUGUUUUUUUUGUUAUUGUAAUAUACAUCUUGGCUUGCUGACAGAUAUAUUGUAUAAUCUGCCAAUGCAUUUGCAUUAGCUUUAAAAUGAAUGUAUUUUGUCUCUUGCACUGUGAUCAUGUGAAUGUAUACACACAUUACCGUUUCAUUAGCUACUCUUUGCACAACAUGUACCUUUUCUGCAAACAACUGCUUUAUAUGAAUAUGACAUUUAAUGAAUGCCUGUUAGACAUAUUUUAAUAAAAUGCCUGUGUGUA